CCUGAGCAAGCACUUUCUGCUCAGCGUGCACUUCGCAGUUGUACGCAAACGAUCCAUGCAUUACCAAGGGAAUGCAUCAUGAACAGGCCGUGUCGAAAUCCUCGCUUCCUGAAUGGCGGCACCGACAUAUCCGUUCCCUGGAUUACCGUUAUGGCUUUGCGGUGCUACUGGUUGCUGGAAUGGUAUUGCUCCCGGUGAUAUUUUAUAUGGCGCCCGUGGUGCGCGUUAACAAAUUUGCCCUGUCCGUUCCGUUUAUCAGGAAUUUGACCAUCUCGGGAAUGACGGCCUUGCUGCACAGUGUGCCGACUGAGCGGGUGUAUCCAAUCCAGCCUUUUAAUAUUUGCAGGAAAGGAGGCAGGCAUCCGCAUUUAGUUCUGUUCGUUCCGUCGCGUCCAGGAAAUUCCAUGGAUCGUAACGCUCUUCGCGAAACUUGGGGCAUGCAUGCUCGACUCUGUGAUGUUCGCAUUAUUUUUGGGUUCGGCCGUUUCGAAUCCACAGAAAUCCAGCACGAAGCCCACAUCGAGAACAGCAUCCACGGGGAUCUCCUGCAGAUUGGUCACGUUUUCGACCACUAUCAUAACCAGACACAGUUGGUACUAGCCUUCCUCGAAUGGGGCGCGGCAAACUGCCAGAGCGCCAAGUUUAUCGGGAAAGCGGACGAAGACACGUGGAUUAACGUUCAUGAAGUGCUGAAGCACCUGGAGAUGCCGGAAGCGCCGUAUUCGGUGAUUGGGCAUUUCGCCAUUGAUGAGCCGGUACUCAGGAAGCCGGAACAAAAAUGGUAUCUAACCAAAGAGGAAUUCCCCAACGCGACGUACCCGCCCUUCCCCUACGGGCAGCUGUAUAUAUUCCCCACGGAUCUCCUGCCUCGCGUCUUAGCUACCGCCCGUUCCGGCGUUCUGCGCAUGCACUGGUUGGAUGAUGUAUACAUUGGCGGACAGAUUCCGGAACUCCUGCAUAUGUCCCGUCUUCAUAUCAAAGCCCGAGCGCAGCUGUACAACGCCGAGAAGCUGAACUGCACUAACCCGCCCAUGCCGGUGGAGCAUGCGCAAAAGUUUAACUGUAAAUGCGUAGGAAGAGACUGGGUUAUUUUACAUGCUACAUCGGCGGUGGCGAAGAGGAGGAUUUUCUUCGAUCCCUGCAUGGCCAUCUACCGGCAAUACAAUUGUCCAAUAAGCCGAUAAAUGCGGAAGGCUAAUGGCAAACGGGGCAUGACAACAAGGAAGAGGUCAUACAGCCGUUCAAAGCUAUAAAACUGCUAUCCUAGUAAAAGCCAUUUUCAAACUUUAACGGCUGUGUGCAAAAGCUUUGUGUACCAUUAUAGCUUUGAUCUAAAAGGGCGAAUCUUGAUAAACUACCUGAUGAAACUGCGUGCCUGCGAAACUGAAAGAUGAGAUUAACCAUUCCGUUUUUCAUAAUCUCGUAAAAAAUUAAGCAUGGGUUGUUUAAGAAAGAGAGUCAGCGCGAUGCGUUGACCUCACCACAUUCCGUUUCUGACAUGAUGUUUUCGUUUACGUGGCAG